AUGCCCACGCGAGGUGUGCGUCAUGCGUCACUCCGUGUUGGGGAUGUAGAAAUAGUGGAUAGGUGGGUCGUGACGGGAGUUAGUCAGCCUAUCCUGGCCACUGGAAAGCUGUUGCGGAGAGGUUGGCGUAUUGUUGGCCACGACAGCCCGGGUGGACUUGCGCUGGUCAGCCCUGACGAGAGCGCUUGCAUUCCUUUAGAGUUCCAGCACAAUACACUUGUUUGCCGAGGCGCUGUGCGUGCCAUCACUGAUGUUCCCAAUGCCUCGAGCCCUGUUCAGGUGUCAGGCCUCCUUGAGCGAUUGUUGUCCGAGCACGAUUACCUUACUGAGAUUGCACCGUCAGUGCAUGCCGCCAAGGUGUUGUCCGACCGAUAUGUUGAUCUUGGAUUGUUUGCACCGCAGGAGGGUCUUGAGUAUCGCACCACACUUGUGCGCCGAGACGGCAGCCAGCCGUGGGCCUUGCUUGAGUUGAGUGAAUCCCUUGCAAGCUUGGAAGUGCCAAAUGACUUGAUUGCCCCAAGCGGUGAGCAGUUCGAGAUGAUUGUGUUCGGGCAUCGUGAAAUGCUGAGCCCUGAGGAUCUUGGAUUCUCCAUGCAGCCACCGGCUGCAGGAGUUGGUGAGGUUGAGGCCGCGCCACCAGGUGAGAUGCUUGAUGAAGUGUUUUGCGAGGGCUUGGAGGACGCAGUUGCGCCCGAGGCACUGCCUCACGACGAUGCCCAGGACGAUGCGAUGCUGCAAGAAGCGCUUGCUGAUGAGCCUUCAGCGCUCCCCGAAUCCAUUACGGUUGGGGAGGUCGUCUUGACCGCCACGAGCACUCUGUCUACCUUGAGAGCGGCGUGUAAGACGUUGGGUGUCGGCAAGAGUGGCUCACGGGCGACAGUGUUCCGUCGCCUUGCGGAUAGAUUGAAGGCGCUAGAGCUUGCAGCAACAGCCCGUGCUGCUGAGCCAGGUGAUGGACAUGCCGUGCCACGAGGCGUUGUGCCUCAGCAGCCUGCCGAGCCCACGCCCGAGGAGCGAAGGGCCCAUGAGGCUACACAUUGUCCUUACGCCGCCUGGUGCGAGCACUGCGUAGCCUUCCGCGGGAGAGAUGAUGCACAUUCUGAGGUCAAGAACUCCGAGGACCGCAUCCCUUGCAUUUCCUUCGAUUACGGGUUUUCGUCAAGAAAGGAAGGGGAGCCCAAGAUGACAGCAUUGUUUGUGCAUGAUGCACAGACUGGGUGGCGUGAAUGCUUCCCAGUACCCGCCAAAGGAGGGAUUUGCGGUGGUAUGAACGUGCUGCAGUACCUGGCUUCCGAGCUGUGCCGACUGAUUGCCUUUCUGGGCUAUAGUCAAGUUGUGGUUAAAUCUGAUCCAGAGCCGACCUGUCUUGCCCUACAGCAUGAGGUUAAGAAGUUGCGCCUUGGUAUGGGGUUGAGGACAGUGUGCCAGCAGGUUGCUGGGUCCAUCUUGUCGUUCUACGAGAAAAGGCAUUCAGCCUUCAUACUUAAUCGCUUCCAAGUCAGGCCUGGAGGUUUGACUUCUUUUGAGGCUGCUAUGGGAAGGCCCUAUCGCGGGGCCGUGAUUCCAUAUGGGGAGACAGUCAUGCUGCUUGUGCCUCAGGGAGUUAAGGGCAAACCUAGGUUCGUUCAAGGUCAAGUUCUUGGCAAGGUGAUGUCAAGUGAUCAGUGGAUUGGUUGCACUUCGGCCGGCAGACUUGUGCUGGCACGGACCGCUAGAAGGCUUUCGCCCGAGUUUCCUCCUCAAGACCAUAAAGUGCUUAAGGAUCAUCCUUGGAAACACCCAGGUUUCAUUGCAGGCUCAGCUGGGCGUGUUCGUGUGCAAAGGGAGCCAAAGGUCGAGUUGCCAUCGAGCCUUUCUCCGUUGUUGGCUGGCGGGGCUCCUGGACCGCUCGAGGCUGGCGGGGGCGAGUUGGUUGAGGAAGGUCGUCCCACGGUGCCGGGAGAUGAACCACUCCUUACUACUCCCCGAGCGUGCCGCCCUCUCCUUCUGCAGAUGCUCCUGAUGCCGCAGCGUCAGAUGCCAUGA